CUCUCAAAGCUCUCUCUCUCUCUCUCUCUCUCUCUCUCUCUCCAAGCCCUAACCCCAAAUUCACAAGCAUUAGAGGAAGACCGGAUCUUUUCAGGGAGAAAUUUCAUCUGAUUUUGAACAACUUCUUUGAAGAAAGGGGAUUCUGUAUGUUGGUCAGUGUAUGGUUUUUCUCAAUCCUGUUUUGAUGAACUUGCAGAAAGAUUAUUGGUAGCUGGAACAAAAAAGCAUGGUGAUGUUGCUUUCAUCCUAGUGUUGAACCUGAUCUGGAUCUAAGAAAAUGGGGGCAGAGAAGCAAAGUUCCAAGGGUAGAGGAGGCUUCUUUCAUCUGUUUGAUUGGAAUGGGAAGUCUCGGAAAAAGCUGUUCUCGAAUGAGUUCAAUUUACCAGAAGGAACGAAACAAGGAAAGAGAAGCGAAGAGAAUUUACCAAUGACAAGGCUUCGUUUGAUUGAGGAGGAUGAGAUUGGAAGAGUUGUAAGUGCAAAGGGAAGUAGCGAUUUUAGUUGUGCAUCCUCAUCAACAGAUGACGAAGGAACUGGCAUUAAGCCUCUUGGUGUGGUCGCCAGGCUCAUGGGCUUGGAUUCCUUGCCUGUUUCUUGCACUACGGAGCCCGGUUCAACCCCAUUUUUUGAACCGCGAUCUCUUCAGGAUGCUCAUUACGACAGGAAAACCCCAGAUCUCCCCGGUGAAUAUCAAAAUGCAAGUUCUAAAAACCAAACCAGCAGAGUCAAUGGAUUUUCUAGGAAAGAAUCAAGGCCGCAAAAGUUGCCAAGCAGUCCAAUUGAGAGGUUCCAAACUGAAACAUUGCCUCUGAAAUCAGGCAAAUCCUAUCCAGUUACCCACCAUAAACUUCUGUCUCCGAUCAAGAACCCUGGCUUCAUGUCGGCCAAGAAUGCAACUGAUAUAAUGGAGGCAGCUGCAAAGAUCAUAGAGCCUGGGCUUCAGGCCAGUGCCAAAGGAAAACUUCCAUCAGUUGGGUCAGCUUCGGUUCCCAUUAAAAUUCGGGAUCUGAAGGAGAAUGUGCGAGCAUCCCAGAGAACAUCCAGGCUUCCAGAAGUACCUAGGAGACCUAUUGAGUCUAAUGCUAUUAAACAUCUCAAAGGGCAGUCUUUGAACAAGAGUUGGAAUGGUCCAGAAGACACUCCAAGUUUUAAAGUUUCUCCAGACAUGGAAGAAAGUCACUCUAAUGGUGCAAGGAAGAAGGGAAAAUCAGUCUCUCUUGCCAUCCAAGCUAAGGUUAAUGUUCAGAGAAGGGAGGGGAUGAACUCAAGUAGUAGGAGUUCCUUGGUCCUGAAGGAAGACGAUAGACAGAAAUCGAUCCAACCAUUCAAGAGCAAUCAAGAUACCGUAAAGAAUAAUAAAAAGAAAUAUCCUACAGGGCAGAAGAAUUCUUCAGGUGUGCUCAGGCAGAAUAACCAGAAACAGAACAAUACAAUAAAUAAAAACAAGUUGCCUUCAAAGCCUUCAGUUUCAAAUCAGCAGGGAAGAAAAUUUAUGACCGGGGAUGCUUCUUCUGGACGGAGUAUAUCCUUCAAUAAGGUUUCAGCAAACCGCAGAGAUGGAAACAAGAAGGAAGCCUCGGCAAUAACUGAUCUUGAAAAGGAUGCACCGGCAUCACAAACAAAGAAUUUUCCACGAAAGAAACGAGCUAUUGGUGAUGGUGAGUUUGUUGAUACUGUUUCAGUGGAUAGAGAUGAGAAGGAACUUGUACAACCCGAUGUUGCAAUUAGCGAGCAUCUGGAUUGGGCGGAAGAUAACGGAGGAAAUGGCAUGGAUGUUGUUUCUUUCACAUUCACCUCUCCCAUGAUAAAACCACCCGUGUCUGGAUCUUGGUCCAAUGGUCAGAUGGUGGAGAAACCGGACAGACCAAACACCUGUCAUGUAGAUUCUACCGAUGGAAAUAAAAAUAAAAGAGUAUCAUCAUCUCUUGGAUUGAAUGUGAUAGGUGGUGAUGCUUUGAGCAUUCUUUUGGAACAGAAGCUGAGAGAAUUAACAUCUGGAAUUGAAUCAUCCUAUUCUAAUUCGGUCAAAACUAGCACAGGUACUGCUUCGUCGUCCAUUCUGCAAGAUGUAGUAUCUUCUCUUAAUGCUUUAAGUAUCUUGCCGGAGGAACGAGACUCCCAAAGAGGGCCGAAGAAAGAUAAAUUGGGUGGCGGGUCCAGUUCUGGCUGCUCUUCAACUAAUGGUCAGGUGUUCAAAAUGAACCACAAGUUGCAGGGUCUGGAUGGGAUAAUGGAGUAUAGUAGCGGCAUCGAAACCCAGAAGGAACUUGACUAUCAACAUACUAGUCCACUUUCAAUUCUUGAAGCCUCUUUCUCGAAUGAAAGUUGCAACUCUUCAGAGAGUCUAGACGGCUCCAAUGGCAGCAAGACACAUUCAUCCAUUCAAUCUCAAGAAACUGUCGGUUCUAAUUCUUCAAUGAAAACCUCAUCAGAGGAAGCCGAGCUGGAGUUAUCUGAUUCAGCAUCUUCUGCAUUCAUGGGAGCCAUAGAUCAAGAACAUAUGAGAACAGCCGAACAGGAGAUGGAAUAUGUGAAGGAGAUACUUUGCAGCGCUGAGUUGAUGUUCAAGGACUUGCCAUUGGGCCAUACUCAUGGCAUCAUCAAUUCCCAUCUCUUCGACAGGCUGGAAAAUCAGAAAGCUGGAUCGAGAAGUGAGGGAGAGGACGAGGGCGGUAGGUUAAGGCAGAAGGAGCUGUUUGAUUGUGUCAGUGAGUGCGUGGAUUUAAAAUUCAGCCGUUACAUCAGAAGGGGCUACAAAGCAUGGUUGAAAGGGGCCAUAGUAGUAAGAAUGGAGGAUUUGUCAGAAGAGAUUUAUAAGGAGGUUUUGGGGUGGAGAAAUAUGAGAGAACAGAUGGCAGAUGAGCUUAUAGAGAAGGACAUGAGUAGUCACUCAGGGAUGUGGCUUGAUUUUGAAACAGAAGCAUUUGAAGUAGGUGUGGAAAUUGAGAGGCGCAUAUUAUCCUCGUUGGUCGCCGAAGUGGUUGCUGAUAUGUUGGUGUAGAGAGCUCUUUCGGUAUACAUACAUUUUGUUUCCCUCUUAUAGAAUGCAUAUCAUUGUCAAAAGACUCAAAACGGCCACAGUAAGAUAGCCAAUACAACAGCAGUGAUUUCAGCAAAUCAUUUGAGCUUUUGGACCAUAUUGGUCAGAUCUUCUGCACUGGUGAUGAUGGACUUUGUGCAGUUGCUUCUCUUUGGGUGUGUUUGGGUGCUCAAUUGGGAAUGAACUGCAGUCACAAAAUACGGAGGAAAUGACCAAUGUAGGGCUAGUCCCAUUCAAUUCAUAACAAGGAACUAGUUUCUAUUGAGUUCAUUGUGGGUCCAACUUGAAACACAUGGAAUUUCGAUUAGCAGUUUGAUUGUGAAUUGUGAUUAUGAAUUAUGAUGGUGGCACCCCUAUUUUGGUCA